AUGGAGGAUAUAGAAUCCAACCUAUCACCAUCCCUACUGGGAAGUUCUGAUAUCUUCCACGUCGUCAAGGAGAUCCUCAGGUUUGUUCUCUACAUCCACCACCAGAUCCCCUCGAUUCUGCAGCACAUUGAAAAUGAAUAUGAAGCUCUGAAGGAAGACUUAGAAGAGACAUGUCUUUCACCAAAUGCAACAAAGGCAUCUGAUAGGCGGAAACAUAACCUAAGGAAAAGAGAGAUUAAGCAAGGGAUAAGGAUGGAAAAAGUGACGUGUAAAAUUUCUGCUUUACUUUCAGCACUUCAACUAGCUCUAGACGAAAUGCCCGACAUACAAGAAGUUAUUUUGGUUCUUGGAGGAAGUCUUGUAAGGCCUCAACAUGUGUAUCAGCUAGUAUUCAAUGGAGGAAAACUUGAUUUUGGUAGAGCUACUGAAUCCACCAAGAGUAAAGUUGCAGAUUUCAUUGCCAAAAAGUCUAUUAGAGCUUUAAUAUCAGCUGGUGUAGGAAGCUUUUCUUUAAUAGGCCCAUCUAAGCUGUUCUUGUUGGUCAGAAGUUACUCAACUUUCAGACUGCCGCUCCAUUUUUUGCCUAAGCGUGAUUUUAGAUUUAGCAGCAAGGUAGUACCGCUCAAAUUACAUAUAAAGUGCAAGGUUCCAAUACCUCCCACUAGCAGUUCAGACAAUAAAUCACUAGCUUCUAUCUCUACAUGUCCGAAUUCAAAUGAAAAUGAUGUGAUGUGGUUUCAGUGCAAACAUGCUAUCAAGGGAUUGGCAUGCAGGGUUCCCUCAGAAUGCUAGAAGUUCAACUUCUUUCAUAACAGACAACUGUAUUUUCUCUCUCUCCUCUUUCUUGUUGUCUCUAGAGCCUUGGAUGAACGGG